AUGGGAAAUACUCAGGGCGCUUCACUGGAGGAACUCAGCGCAUGCGAAAGUCAUCAGUGGUACAGGAAGUUUAUGACGGAAUGCCCAUCAGGACUCCUCACAUUUUAUGAAUUCAAGAAGUUCUUCGGCUUGAGAAACUUAUCAGACUCGUCUAACGCCUAUGUUCAGACGAUGUUCGCCACAUUUGACAUGAAUGACGAUGGCUUUAUUGACUUUAUGGAGUAUGUGGCUGCUCUGAGCCUGGUCCUUAAAGGAGGGGUACAGCAGAAGUUGCGUUGGUACUUCAAGCUUUAUGAUGUCGAUGGGAGUGGCUGCAUCGAUCGUGAAGAACUGCUUCUAAUCAUUAAGUCUAUCCGAGCCAUCAAUGGUGUUGAUCAUGAGAUGUCUGCAGAAGACUUCACCAAUAUGAUUUUUGACAAGAUUGAUAUCAAUGGUGAUGGUGAGCUCUCCUUGGAAGAAUUCAUGGAGGGAAUCCAGAAUGAUGAGAUGCUUUUGGCAACACUAACAGAGAGUUUGGACCUCACACACAUCGUCCAUAAGAUCCACGGAGAGGUCAUCGGUCAAAAUUAG